CCCUCCGUCCCCAUCACACAGUAAUCAGCUACUUGCCUGGGGUUUCAGCUUCGCUCCUGUUUGAACUGGUGUUCCUGGCCAGGGGCUCCUGGGACUCGGGUGACUGCAGGCCCUCCAAGCUGCCUGUGUGCCUCUCUGCUUCUCCCUCCGCCUCUGGCCCAGCUGCACUGCCACAGCACUGGGAACCAGGAAAUCAAGUUUCACUAAGAGGAGCAAGAAGAAGCUGGGACAAUGGCAGGAAAGGCCCCUAAGAAGUCCUCCAUCCCGGGAGUGAGCAUCCGGCAGCUGGUGGAUGAGAUCCCCGAAGGCUGCAGCACACCAGAUUUCAAGCAGAAGCCUGUCACCUUGGCUCUCUCUGAAGGGAAAAAUGCCAUCUUUCGGGCAGUGGUCUGUGGGGAGCCCAGACCUGAAGUAUACUGGCAGAGCACCAAAGGAGACCUCAGCAACUCCAGCAAGUACCAGCUUUCCUCUGCCCCUGGCAGCAAGGAGCACGUGCUGCAGAUCAACAAGCUGACUGGAGAAGACUCGGAUCUCUACCGCUGCACCGCGGUGAACCCCUAUGGAGAGGCCACGUGUUCAGCGAGGCUUACUGUCAUUGAAGUGGGUUUUCGGAAGAACCGAAAAAGGCAAAAGGAACCUCAGGAGGACCUCAGGAAGGAGUUGAUGGACUUUCGGAAGAUGCUGAAAAAGAGGGCCCCACCUCCAGCCCCUAAUAAAAAGGUGGAGUCUGAAAAGGUGUGGCAGCUGUUGAUGGCCUCAGAUCGGAAGGACUAUGAGAAGAUCUGUCUGCAGUACGGCAUCGUCGACUUCCGGGGCAUGCUGCGCAAGCUGCAGGAGAUGAAGAAGGAGCAGGAGGACAGGAUGGCACAGUAUGUCACUGCUGUUGCCAACUUGAGACACAUCAGGGUCACCAAGGAAGGGGCUGCCACAUUUGACCUGGAGCUGGAUCUCAAGAACCUUGAGAGCAAGAUUUACCUGUACAAGGAUGGUGAGAUGAUCCCCUACGGCUCUGAUAACCAGACCAAGCACUGUCUGAGACGGCUGGGGAAACGCUACCACUUCCAGAUCCAGGACCUGCGGCCGGAGGAUGCUGGCCUUUACCAGGUCAUGGUGGAAGAUGCUGUGGUCUUCUCCACAGAGCUAGAGGCCAGCACCAUCCCUCCCAGAGUGGUGGUCCCAUUGGCAGAGGCCCGCUGUGAGGAGCAGAGUAAUGCAGUCUUUGAAUGUACACUCUCCAACCCUUGUCCCAAUGCUACCUGGCAUUUCCAGCACCGACCACUGAGGCCCAGUGACAAGUAUGAAGUAUUUGUGUCCCCUGAUGGGCUCACCCACCGGCUGGUUGUGAAGGGGGCCGGCCACUCAGAUAUGGGCCUCUACUCACUGAACACUGGACUGCACGCCUCCAGUGCCUGGCUGGUGGUUGAAGGUGGGAAGGAUACAGGCCCUCAAACCACAGAUACUGACCACCGGCUGCAGACUCCAGAAGCUCUGACCUCAGAAACAGAAGACUCUGGAGCCAUCAGCAGCAAGGGAGGGCAAUCCAGAGAACAGGGCUCCCUCAAGGAGACUAGUGGGGUACAGCUCACAGCAGGCCCAGACAGGGGUGCCUUGGGCAAGCAUGGCUAUUCCUUGGUAGGGGAUGAAGAGAGAGCUAAUUCUGCUUGGAGACCUGGGCAGGACAAAAAGGGCUUUUUGGAAGGAGAGCGAGGUGGGGUCAUUCUUCCAGGGGACAGUCAGCCCCACGGAGAGGGGAACUGUGGCGGAAGCCUUUCCAGAAGGCUCCAUCUCCAGAGAGGGGACACAGAAUCAGAUCUGGGCUUCGUGGAAAGGCAACAACAAGGUCAUGGCAGAGAUGGCAAUGGGAAUAGCAGGUGGGGGGACACAGGAGCUUGGAAGGCUGGCUCCAGCCACUCUCAGGAUGGAAGACUUGAAAGCAGCAAAGAAGGAAGGGAACCUAGAGAGAGCUAUGGCAGUGAACUGGACAGACGUGGUCAGGGACAACUCUGUGAUCCUCGCCUGGGGGCUGGGGCAGGGCAGAGGGUACUUUGGGGAUCCCAAUCUGAUCUUGAGGGGCUUCAGCUGACAACGAAGGAAACAGAAAUGUGUGGCAAUCAUAUGGGUGAGAUGGAAGAAAAAGGUGACCCAAGCAGGGAGAGGGAAGCAGCGUCAGGGUGGGCUAAUGGAGCCCGCCUUGGGGAAGGUAGAGGAGGCAAUAGGGCAGGAAGACCUUGCAUCCCUGAGUUUCCUGGAGCUGGGGAUCACAGCUCCAAGGUAGGCCCCGAGUGCUGGGGCACUCAGGCAGGUGGAGCUGCUGGUCGUGGAGAAGCUGGGAUGUACUGGGAGGAAGGAGGAUAUCCAGGGCAGACAUCUGCUGGAAAUGACAUGCAGAAUUCAUUACUAUAUGGAGGGAGGGAACUUCUGGGAUACAGCAGUUCUGAGGCCAAAGCUGAGGGCUCUCUGCAAGGGGCAGGUAGUCAUAGAAUUAUGGGGAGGGGCUAUAAAACUGGCCCUGAAGGCCCAGAAGAUCCCAGGGACUGGAAAGGUGGUCUGCAAGAGCCACAGGGAGGGGAUGGCCAAGGCACAGCUGGGGCCUUAGGCAGGAUGGAGGAUGGUUCCAGAAACUCCCAGUUUCCUCAGAGCUGGACAGCGAGGCAGAAGGGAGCAGGAGGUCCAGGCAGAACAGAUGGUGGAAAUGUGGGUUCUCAGGAUGACACAUGGUCCAACCUCAGAAAGACGGGGGCCCACAGUGGGUCUGGUGGGGAGAAAGGGAGAAUGGAUGGUUCCGAAAUAGCUGGACUGAUGUCUAGUCAGAGAGUAGAUGCCAGAAACCACAGGCUAGUUAUGUCCGCAGGCCUGGGUGUCCAGGGCUCUGGGGGAGCACUGGGAGACAUGGAAGGAUUAGGAGAUUCAGAGGCAGUAGGAUCUGGAGAAGAUUUCUGGAACAGGUCAGGGAGAUCCAGCGAAAAAGGGUCCAGAGGUGGGAUGGGCUACAAGGAUGGCUUAGGAGGUCCAGGGUGGGUGGAGUCUAGGAAUGAGGAGAGCUUGGGUUCUAGGAAUGGAGCGACUUAUCGUGAUGGUGCAGGGGUGCUAGAAGAAGCAAGACCUGGCCUUGAUGUUGGUUGCAGAGCUACCUAUGGGACAUCUGUAGAGGCAGAGUCUGGGAAGCAGGGUACUUACAGGCAUGACUCAGGCGUGCCUGGGGGAUUGUGGUCUGGAAACAAAGGUCAGUAUGGUCCUGUAGGAAAGGUGUCUGGGAGAGGGGCCAGACUCAGAAAUGGCUCAGGUGGCCUUUGUGGAAUCAGUGAAGAUCAGCAACUGGAUCUAUUUCAAGGCCAGGGUCAAACAAGCGCUGGUGGAGAGCACCACUCUGUUCAUGGUGAAGGGAGUCCUGGGACAGUGGGUGGAGACAGUACCAUGUCCUCUGGGACAGUAGGAAAGGUUGGGAAGGAAUAUAUGGAAAGAGAACCAGGAGACUCUGGAGGAAUAAGUUCUUGGGGUCACACUGGAGACUAUGAGGACUUCAGAGUCCUGGGGGCUUUUAGAGGAGGAGACUUUGAUGAUGGCAUUGGGGUUCCAUUAUCCAUGGGACCAGGGUCUCUAGGGAGAGGAGACAAGGAAAGUGAUGGAGAAAGAACCAGGUUCCUUGGUGCCAGGACCUCUGGAGCUGGAACUAGGAAUUGGGACAAAUCCCAGCACCCUGGGGCACCAUCUCCUUAUGCGGAGGCUGGUUCAGAAGGCCACUGGGUUCAUGUGUCUGCCAAUGCAUUGGGUUAUAGAGAUGGGUCUGAAAUUCCAGAGCCUUGGGGAACUGAUGACAGAACAGCUUACAGAGAAGGGUCAAGGGCUCCUGGGCCUGGAAGAACAGGACCCGAUGGUGAAGUAGCAUUUACAGAUGGCUCAGCAGCCUCCAGACGAAUGGGGCCAGCCAGUGAGGCAAGUUAUAAAAAUGUAACUGGGAGCUCUGGAGCCAUGGGGUCAGGGUAUAAGGUAGAUUAUAGGAACAGUCGUGGAUGUUCUGGAGUUGUGGGGUCAGAGAGUGAGGCAGGUUAUAAGAAUGAUGUGGAGGGUCAUGGGGUGAGGGAAUUAGGGGGUCAAACAGGUUAUAAGAAUGGUUUAGGAGCGUCUGAAAUCAUUUCAUUAAAGGAUAAGGUAGGCUAUCAGGGUGGUUUAGAACAAUCUGGAGGCAUUUUGUCCUGGAAGGAGGCAGGUGUAAGGGAUGGCUUGGGGGAAAUUGGAAGAAUGGCAUCCAAGAAUGAGGCUGGUUAUAAAGGAAGCCCAGUGGGGCCUGGGAAGAUGGGGUCAGAGAGUAAAAUGCAGUAUGUGGAUGGUUCAGGGAGGUCAGGAGGGCCAGGCUUGCUGGCUGUACCCAAACAACAUGAAUCUGUGGGUCUUGGGUCAGUUUACCAGGCAGCAGCAGGGGUAGGCCCAAGCUCCAAGGAUGGUGCGGACAAGGGCAGAGGAAUGGGGUCUGCAGAGACAGGGCCUGGGGUGAGCUCUGGGAUGGUUGGAAUACCAGACACUACAGAUGGAAUAGCAUGCAAAGGCAGUGCGGUGGGCCCAGGGAAGCUGGGGACACCAGGAGGGCCACAUAUCUUUUCAGGUGGGCAGGGUACCAAGAACAGUCUUGGGGGUCAUGGAUCCUCAGGAAUCACGGAAGCCAUAGAGGCUGUUGGUUCUGUGGGGAAACCAGGUAUCAGAGAAUGGGAGGAUGUUUCUGGGUUCCCAGGCUCUCAUAGGGACAUAGAGACUCCCACUGGGGAAAGAAGAUCUGUAGACCAAGCAGGAGCUGUAGGGACAUCUAGGCUUCUUGGUGGUAGGGGGACAGAGGAGGAUGAGAGUGGGUCAGGGGUAGCCACUCUGAAGCCAGGAAAUGAUUCAGACUUUAAUAAAUCAGGCUUGGGGAUAACAGGCAGUCAGAGCAUUGUUGGCCAGGGGGGAAUGUCACCUCAGGGAUGUGGAGGCUUAAUGCUGAAUGACAGGAGUAGGGGAGCCAGUUCUCGGAGCUUGUCAGGGGCUGGGCAGUUGGUAGACAGCAAUUCUAUGCCUGGGAGAGAGGCCAAGGUAAUGUCAGGGCCUGACAGUGGGCGAGAUAUGAGCCCCAAUCAGGCUCCAGGCUCCAGUCAAGGCAACCUCAGGGCUUCUAGCUCACUGCUGGAGAACGACUCCAUUUUCAGGCAAUCCCAUGGAGGACAAGGAGCCUCUAAGGGCAGGGGACGUGCAGCUGGCCAAGAGGCUGCUGGGGAAUGUCAAGAUCCAUGUUCCUUGGAGAGCAAAGGCUCGAGUUCUGGAAGAGCCAGGGCUGGUUUUACAGAGAGCACAGGUGUCCCAGGCAGAAAAAAUUCCACUAUACGUGGAGAUGGUGUCAUUUCAAAACCUCAGGAGCCCCAGAAUGAAUUAGAUAGUCCAUUGGGAAGAAGGGACUUCGGAAGUUUAUCAGGAGGAAUCCAGGAGCCAGGUUUUCAACUAGGGACAGGACAGGAAGAAGGAAGAGGGUCUCUCCAGGAGGGAGAGUUCUGGGAGGCUGAGAUUAGCAAGGUCCAAGGAUCUGGGGCCUCAAUGAAAUAUGAAGGGAAGGAUGGGAAAGAGCCUGGCAGGUCAGGCCCGAAGCCUGGUCCCUUUGCAAGCAGGUGUCAGGCACAGUCCGGCACUGAAGUUGGGUCAGCAAAGAAAGAACACACUGACAGGACAGGAGGUCUGGGACAUUGGACUGGCAGUGAGGACAGAGGGUCUCUGAGAGCCUGGAGUAAAGAUGGGAGGAGAGGUCCCCAUGGGCAUCUUGGCAGCAGGAGAGAUACUCAAGAGGGCAAGUUAGAUGUCUAUAGCCAGGGACAAGCUGCAAGCCAGAGCCCCAGAUCCAGAUACAAGCCUGGCACUGGCCGCUCUUCUUCGGAGGCCCGAGGCUCCAUGGGCCACUUCUCUCAGGGUCUGACUGAUACUGAGGUGCAGCUGGGAGAAGCUGCCAUACUGUCCUGUACCCUCUCCAGCGACCUGGGACCUGGCACCUGGUUCAAGGAUGGAGUCAAGCUCACUGCCCAAGACGGGGCCAUCUUUGAGCAAGAUGGGCUCACGCACAGACUGAUCCUGAGCCACGUGGAGGGGACCCAGGCUGGGAGAUACACUUUUGUAGCCGGCAGCCAGCACAGUGAGGCCAGCCUGAUCGUGCAGGAUCCCCCCACCAUCGCUCCAGAUGUGACAGAGACACUGAGAGAGCCACUGGUGUUCAAGGCUGGGAAGCCAGUGACUGUGAAAAUCCCUUUCCAGAGCCACCUCCCUGUUCAGGCUGCCUGGAGGAAAGAUGGGGACGAGGUGGCAGGCAGCAACCACAGGGGCGUCCAGGUGGCCCUAGGGGAUGGCUAUACACGACUGUGCCUCCCCAGCGCGUGCAGGAAGGACAGUGGCCAGUACAGCGUGACGCUGAGGAGUGAGGGAGGCUGCGUGCAGGCCGAGUUUACUCUGCAAGUUAUAGACAAGCCUCAGCCCCCACAGGGACCCCUGGAGGUGCAGGAUUGUCACAAAGCAGGUGUCUGCCUCUGCUGGCGGCCCCCGAGGGAUGAUGGGGGCCAGGUCGUGCAGCACUAUGUGGUGGAGAGGCGGCAGGCUGGAAGGAGCACUUGGCUGAAGGUGGGCGAGCCCCCACCAGACAGUACCAGCUUCACUGACAGCAGCGUGGAGCAAGGCAGGAAGUAUGCCUUCCGUGUGCGGGCUGUGACCUCAGAGGGGGCCGGAGAGGCCCUGGAAUCGGAGGAGAUAUUGGUGGCUCCUGAAGCUCUCCCAGGGCCUCCUUCUGCCCCAGCCAUCCUGUCAGCCUCCAGCCAGAGCAUCACGCUAACAUGGGUGGCACCACGGGGCCCUGGCAGUGCCCACAUCUUGGGCUACCUGGUUGAAAAGCGCAAGAAGGGGAGCAACACCUGGAUGGCUGUGAAUGAGCAGCCCGUGUCUGAAAGGAGGUACACUGUGGUAGAUCUGCGACAGGGUUGCCAAUAUGAGUUCCGGGUCACAGCUGUGGCUCCCUCGGGCCCUGGAGAGCCUGGGCCUCCAUCGGAUGCUGUCUUUGCUCGAGAUCCCAUGAGACCUCCAGGGGCUGUGCGGGACCUCCAGGUUACACACACGACGGACACUAGCAUCACCCUGAGCUGGGUGGGGCCGGACACCCAGGAUAAUGAUGAAGCCCAGGGAUACAUUGUGGAGUUGUGCGGCUCAGACAGCCUUCAGUGGAGCCCAUGCCACGUGGGCACUGUGCCGGGCACCACCUUCACAGCCAAGGGCCUUCGGCCCCGAGAAGGCUACUUUGUGCGGGUGACGGCAGUUAACGAUGGGGGCCACGGCCAGGCCACUUCUCUGGACACACUGGUUCAUGCCAUGCCUGCUACGGUCUGUCCCAAGUUCCUCAUGGACUCCAGCACAAAGGAUACACUGGUGGUCAGGGCUGGGGACAGCAUUCGAGUUCCUGUGUCCUUUGAAGCUGCCCCCAUGCCUGAGGUGACCUGGAUGAAGGAUGGCUUGCCCUUGAGCAAAAGAAGUGUGACCACCAUGAAAGACGGCCUCACCCAGCUUCUGAUUCCUGCAGCCAGCUUCUCGGACCAAGGCCAGUACACUGUGAUGCUGAAAAGCCUACAGGGGAAGGAAGCCACCUACAGCUUCUUCAUCAGUGUGGCAGCAUGUCCACAGGCACCGGGGUCCAUCUACCUGCAGGAGAAUGUGCCCGGGACAGUGACGAUCCAAUGGGAACCUUCUCCAGAUGAGGCUCGGGGCAUCCCCUUGUACUAUACAGUGCUGAUGCGCUCCUCAUCCCAUGGGUCCUGGCAUGAGGUGGCCGACCGCGUCCACACCAACCGCUUCACCCUCCUGGGGGUCCUCCCUGGCCAUGAGUACCAUUUCCGGGUUCUGGCAAAGAAUGAGCUAGGAACCAGUAAACCUUCAGACACCAGCCAACCCUGGUGUAUCCCCAGGCACAGAGACAAGUUCACAGUCAAAGCUCCCCCACACCGGGAACCCAAGCUGAGCCAGAAGCCUCGCUUCCUGGUGGGGCUGCGGGCCCACCUUCUGCCCCAGGGCUGCGAGUGCCGCAUGACCUGUGCCGUGCGGGGCUCACCCCAGCCCCACAUCACCUGGUUCAAGAACGGCCAAAGCUUGGACAGAAACCCCGAGAUGUACAGUACUGACAUGCUGGGCGUGUGCUCCCUCGUCAUCCCCAGCGUGUCCCCCGAGGACAGCGGCGAGUACAUGGCUGUGGCCAAGAACCCACUGGGACAGGCCGUCAGCACAGCCACCCUCAUCGUUACAGGUGACUCAGCUGGUACACUGUGAGCCUUGGACUUCUGCCUGUCUCUAACACGCCUAGCCCGCUCGGCCUGGAAUCCUAGCCUUGCCCCGCCCUACAGCCAUGAAAUGGAUGGAGAUACCCACACUGGCCCGAGGAGCCAGUCCAGCAUGACAGUGGCUGUUCCUGGGUGAGACAGGAACAAGGCAGCUUCUGGUGAGGUGUGAGCAGUAGAGCCGAAGUCCUUGAAGAAGAAAUAGAAGAAGGAUGGAGGAUGUGGUGUUGAGCCUGACUGUGGCUCAGCGUGACCCUGUCACUGCAGGUGCCUUUGUUCUCCCCUCUGGACGGAGCUCCGAGUGGCCCACAGGGUGGGAGCUGAGCCCACUGUGACCAGCGGAAUGGAAAGUCAUGGAGGGCAGAGGCCAUCACAGCUAUGUGUAUGAGGCCCUGUCUGCACUUCAUUAAAACAGCAGACUGAGAAAGUGGAUUCUUCUCAGGGGAACUUGGGGCCGGUGGGCUGGAGGUCAGACCCCAAAGCCUCUGAGUGGAGGUUCCCAUCACUCCCUAUCCUCACAGUGAUGUCUGUCCUUCCUCUGAUGUCUUCCAUCCCUGAUAUUCAUGAGAACCUCUGCCAUUGAUAAACCAGUAGCGGGUCUUGUCAGCUAGCCCAAUGGCUCAUGUGAGACAGUGCAUCAGGACUAAUUACCUCAAGACCUACAGAGCAGCCUGUUCUCAAGGAGGGACAGAAUUACUUACUUACUCCAUGUCCAUAGCCCUCAGAGUCCAUCCAUGUUUCCAUCCCCACCCGACCGCAUGUUCCAUGGCCCCACAGUCCAGGCUGUCAAAAGACUAUUUCAUCCCCUUUUUAAGUCAUUUCAAAAGAUGGUUUUGUCAGUGUUGCUUUUAUUUUCCCUAUCGUAAUGAAAGCCUAUCAAAGAAGCUUUUUAGUAAGGUAUUUUUCAGUUAGAACAUUUUAGUUGCAGAGAUUCCCUAAUUAUCAGUUAUAGUGAGCCAUAACGAAGCUGCCAUCUCUGCUGAAUAGAAGAUUUUUCCCCCUGC